AUGAAAAAACGUAAAUUCUUUCCCUUAAUGAAAUUGAGUAAGGCUUCGUCGGAUGACGCUUCUCGAGAGGAGCAACAGCAGCAACAAUACCCUCCAACGGAUUCCGUCGGAGCACCUCCUAUGGAAGGAAAUAAGAAAGUUGGAAAUCACUACCCAUCGAAUAAUGAAGUUAGUAAGAACAGUAGAAAGAAAAAUGAUCUGCCAGGACUCAGCUCUUUGAUGAGUCUUAGUGAUCAGUUAAGGGAACAAAAGCAAUCUCCUGAUGAUCCGAUAAAGGGCCUCCUUUCAAAAAGUAAACCCUUGAAACUCGUUCAAAAACAAAAUCCGAACAUUCAAAAGAUCCUUGAAGAGAGUGAUUAUGAAUUUCAGCCAAAACCUUCACCACGCAAUAAGCAGCAUUCUCCAUCAUCUAUUUCCCCUCAACAUCAAACGCCCAAAAAAAAUGAAAGCAAAAGCUUGUCAGGUCUGAAACAUCUCUACACGGAAUCACCUCUGAUCCGAUUCGAAAGCAGAAGCAACAAUAAUGAAAUUCAACCUGUGGUUGAUAAAUCAGCAAAUCAUCACGUAAACGAGACAACCAACGGACCAAGAAUAUCACCUGUAACAAUUCCGAAACUUGAUUUAACCAAUCCUCUACAUGUCAGCAAUCAACAAUUGCAAAAUAUUUCACCAAGAGCAUCAUCAUCUGGCACCUCUCCCAGAUAUUCUCCUAGAUCCAAUGUCAAUGCACAAUCCAGGCCGAACGUCAGUCCUCUCGUUCCUCCUCUUAAAAUUUUGCCACAACCGGCAGAUUUAUCGCUGCCCAGACCAAGAACAUCUUCUCCAAGAAGUGGUAGAAGCAGCGAUAGAAAAAGCAUUGUCGAAAAAAUUAUUAGGCAAAAUACUCUUUUUGAUCAAAAUAAUACGGAAUCUUAUGAGUGGAAUAGCUUUUGUUUUAAUAUUACGUCACACAAAAGCAAUUUGAAAGAAUUGAGGCUCAAAAAGUGUGGAUUAAAAGAUUUUGAACAUGCCACACCUCUAUUUAAAUGUCUUGCUGCAAAUCAGGUCAAGCUAAAAAUUUUGGAUUUGGAAGAUAACUUCAUUACAAAAGCAAGCAUGUCUCAACUUUCAGAAUAUUUAUUGGUAGCUUGUGAGUCAUUGCAAGUGUUGAACCUACGAAAAAACCAAAUUUCAGAUGACGGAAUUGCUUGCAUUGCUUCAACAUUCAAGGACCAAGACACUGUUUUGUAUUUGGAAGAGAUGGAUUUGAGCUCUAAUUACAUUUCAGAUGAAGGUCUAACAUACUUUACAAAUUUUUCCAAGCACUACGCUCCCUAUUUAGCGACGUUCAAAUGUUUUGACAAUUCAAUCACAAACAUCAACAUUUUGCGAUCAUUAAUCAACGACGAAAACAAAAACUACUUGCGAAAUAUUGACUUGUGGAAAAAUAAUGUUCAACUGGAAGGCCUCGCUCGCUUCACAACAAUAGCAACCAAAAUAACUUCUCUCAACUUGGGUUGCAAUUCUUUGGGUGAUAAGGGAGUUAUUGUCAUUUCGAAAUAUCUCUCAUUUUGCAAGUCUUUAAAAUGCUUGGAUUUGUCCGGAAAUGAAAUCUCGGAUGCUGGAGGUUUUCAUAUGGCAAACGCUCUCCUAAUCAACCAUGGCCUGGUCAUGUUAAAUAUGAACAAUAACAAUAUGGCAGAAGAAGCAUGUGUAAAACUACUUGAAUCUAUUAAGAAUCAUACAACACUUUGUAAUUUCAAUUUAUGCAGAAACAAACUUUCUCUGAACAGUCUCACGGACCUGACAAGAUUUGUAUCUGAUAUUAAUGCUGCACGAAAGAAAACUGGAUAUCCCAUUUGUAAGGUCUUUAUGUCACCUUCACCAAGCAUUUUGACUCCAAGAACUGAAAGCUCUCUGGUCAUGCAUUAUUCUCCUCGUUUUGCAUAUUUGAGUCCAAGACUUGGUGUUACCACACCUCGAGUAUCUUCAUCCUCACCCGCCUCAUUUCAACAAUCUUCUGGUCCCUUGCAUGAGUCAGAUCUGUACUCUUCUUCUUCUCCACAGCCAGAAAUGACACUGUUGUCACAUGGUGACGAAACGCAAUUUGUGAGUAGAGAGGAUUUCUACUCUAACAGUGGUCAGUCAAGCUCUCCUCCAUUGCAACAACAAACCUCAAAUGCGAGAAAUACAAGCUUGACAAGGAGACUGGAUCAUGAAAACACAAAUGAGCAAAGCCCAAAAUUUCUCGAGAAAAUGAGUUUGCUGUCAUUAUCGCCUCAAUCACAACAUACAGAGAUCACUCCAGCUCAGUCAUCAAAGAGUGUGGUCCAGUCAAAAGAUGCUACGAACUGGUGCUCGACUCAGGACAGUCCGAACGGUCAUCACUCCCCAAGCACGUUAUUCCUAGCUGCUGGUAAGCCUUCUGGGAACGGCGUCACACAACUGGCUUUACCAACAACUAACACAACACUUCAACACUCUGGUCUUCCAAAAAACGUGAAUGAACUCUCAAGGGCAAGCACUGAAAAGAAGAGAAAAAGAUUUAAAGCUCUCCUUUUGCAUGCGCCCAAAGAGGUUGCUCUUGAGAGUAACGAAAAUCUGGAUGUGACAAUCAAAUUUUCUGGAUCCAAUCUAGUAAUUAGGAAACAAAAAACCCUCCUUCGUCGAAGAAAAACACUUUUCACACUCCCUCUCGCAUUGACCACUCUGGAACAAAACCUGAAUCAACCCUCCAUAUUUUUCUUCUUUUUUAACGACAAGAAGUUUUCAAUCAAGCUCACAGCUCGAGAGGAAGAAUUUAGAGACAUGUUUCACCACAUGAAAUGUUUGCAUAGUGGUUCUAGCGUGCACGACAAUGAUUACUCUGAAACUGAGUCAAGUGUAUCCACGAGACCAUCUUCCAUUGAUGUGGUGAAUUGGGCUUAUCGAUCUUCACCAUCCACUCCCACAUCUAAAAGCGAACAACAAUCACACAAAAAGAGUCUUUCUCUCAAGACCAUGACUCUCCUCUUCUCUAAAAAGAAGGCGCCACACAAAAAGCUUCCCUCUUUCGAAGAAUUUUUACAAACACCUUAG